AUGGCUAGUCAACCUUACAAGCGAGUACCGCCUUCUGCGCACCACCACGACAGUGACGAGAGUGAUAGUAACGAGAGUGACAGUGACGAGCAGCACCAUACAAUUCAAUCAAAGCAGUCAACGCUAUGGAGCAUGCGAUUGUAUGCAUUCUUGUGGGUGGCCACCGCGGGGCUCAUGAGUUAUGGCACCGACUUUUACCGCGUCAUUUUUACGGACCCGCGUGUUAAACGUGGUUUCUUCCAUGUAGCGCUGGUUUGCACAGGAAUCAACAUCUGCAUCACAGCAUAUCUGAUCAUUUACCUGCCAUACAUUAAGCGCAUCCAGCUUGAUCUGGGGGCUCUUUACACCAGGGCUCUUGGGGUUGCUGCUCAUCGGAGCGCUCAUGAUCGCGCACUUCCUACCAUCAAUUUAGCAAGAGCAGGGAAUUAG